GAUCGUUGCUAAUAGCGCGGCAGUGUAACGAGUUCGAUCGAAAACAACGCGUUAUGUUUCGAUCGUGCAAGGUAAUUUAAUAGCGUUGUUAUUCGUGGCUCUUAUCGUGAUUCUCUCUCAACGUCUUCUUCGAGUCUUGGGUGUUGAGAUCAUUCGAUACGUACAUUUGCCAUCUCGAAGCGGUACGUGGCACGAACAAAACGUACAAACGGCGAUAAACUCGAACGUUGAGAAUUCAAAGCACGUCAAGGGCCUCGCGCGAUUCACGCAUAAAUCUGGCAGAUAGAGCGUACGUUAGCUCGCCUCGUCGAGUCAAACAGAAAAGGCAAGGCCACGUCAGUCGCAAAAUUCUCGAAAAUUCCGGUACACGCCAAGCGAAAAUUCUCUUCUAUUAUUAAUGAUAAUGGAACGUCGAAUUCAUACAUAUUUGAACGAUUCUUCGACUUCGUUGAAUCAUAGGUGACUUGACUCUAGUUCUCAUGCGGUGUGUCUCAUGCGGUAAGUGCCAUUAAUGGCCUAUAUCGAGUGCGCGUGGACGAGAUCGUCGAUAUCGUGAUAGUGUCGCGAGUUUGGCGAAAGAAGGUAAAGGUCGCGUCGAAGAAAAUAGCGACGGUGCGGAAAAAAGUGUUGGAAGGAGAAAUUAAUCGACGAGAAUAAACGACGAUCGUGAAAAACGUCCGUGGACAUAAAGGAAAAGAAGCAAAGUGCACGGACGUUCGAUGAUAUCGUCACUGUGCAUGGUGCACGGAGGGAAACAACCAACGACGAGGCACGGGACGUUGUGUUUGGAUACUUGACGCGGUCGCUACUGCGCGUUGUGAAAACAUCGAGACCAAAGGAGAAAUGGGAAACCACCCGUCCGCCCACCAGCCGCUCGAGAGAGCUACCAGCCAUGCUGGAAAUGGUCUUCGCCUCUCGAAACGCGAGAGGUCACCGGGAAAAAGAAUGGACCGACUUCGACGAAGUUUCCGCGAUAGCUUUCGGCGGCGAAAAGAUCCCCACGUGCCGGAAUCGAGUAAACCUCAUCAAUGGCAGGCAGACGAAACGGCUGUCCGUUCAGCUACCUGCGCUUUCCACGUUAAGUACCUGGGAUGUGUGGAGGUGUUCGAGUCAAGGGGUAUGCAAGUAUGCGAGGAAGCUCUAAAAGUACUUAGGAAUUCGAGGCGGCGACCGGUACGCGCAGUGCUACACGUAUCAGGGGACGGUUUGCGGGUCGUUGAAGAUGAGACAAAGGGACUGAUCGUCGACCAGACGAUAGAGAAAGUUUCCUUUUGUGCUCCGGAUCGAAAUCACGAGAAGGGAUUCAGCUACAUUUGUAGAGACGGCACGACCAGACGCUGGAUGUGCCACGGGUUUCUGGCGUUGAAAGAGUCGGGAGAGCGUUUGAGUCAUGCAGUGGGUUGCGCUUUUGCCGCGUGCCUGGAAAGAAAGCAACGGAGGGACAAGGAAUGCGGCGUCACGAUGACGUUCGAUUCAAAAACUUCAACCUUCACGAGGAGUGGCAGUUUCAGGCAGCCAUCCCUAACCGAACGAUUGCAGGACUCGCGCGAGCGCGCCGUAGAUGUACCUCCCAUAAAACAAGUCUACAACCCUUUCGCGAUCGAGAGACCGCACGCUACUCCCUCGAUGCUCGAACGACAAGGUUCCUUCCGUGGUUUUACUCAACUGAACCAAGCAUCGCCAUUCAAAAGACAGCUUAGUUUACGGAUCAACGAUCUUCCUAGUAAUCUUGAGCGCACACGUAGCCACAGUCUGGAACCGACGGAUUUGUCACGGAUGCCAUCUGCUAUCUCUCACAUUGUACCUUUGAAGCCACCAGAAUUCGAAGGAUAUGACGAAGUUAGUCCAAUACCUGAAAUAUCGCCUGCGGGCCAGGACAGCGUUUCAGCGAUGUGUCAGCAACUUUCACAAGGGCUUUCGCUUCUCUCGAGCAGCGAUGACUUUGGACCAAUCCCUACGCAGAGCUGUACAAGCACUGUUGCUAAGCAGCUCUUCACUAGCACUACGAUUAAUAAUACUCCAUUAGUGACGAGCAGUAACUCCUUAGACGAAUUGAAGCUGCAAAACGGUCCGAGUCUGAACAACAACAACAACAACAAUAACGACAAAAACGACGAUCUCAGUAAUCUGAACCAUGUUGGACCCAGCUGGCAGGAAGCUCCAUCGCCUGUUUUGGCUUCGAAUCACAGGCUUACACCCAUCCUGAACAAAACCAAUAAUCUCAGUCCUAUCCUUCCAAGAACCAACGCGCCCACGCCGAUAAUUAUGAGCACUCCCGCACCUACCACCACCGUUGGUGUCUUUGGAACACCACCCUCGGCCAGUCCAGCUUUUAGUACGGCGUCUACGUCAUCCUUGGCGAACGCGUCCACGCCAGCUGUGAAUAGAUCCCCGAAUCCUGUGACUUCAGUGAUGAUUUCGAAGACGAACUCACCGACUACCAGCGUGGCGUCCGUAUCUCCGGCUUUGUCUGGCAGUAUUAUUAACGAUACUAGCCAGAUUAGCCAAACCUCAGUACCUAAUACUAUUUCCACAUCAGCGGUCCAAUCUGUUUCAACGACAGCCGCGUUGCCAAAACCAGAGCAAUGGUUAGGCAGUAUAACCAGCUCGGUGCCACCCUCAGUGCAAUCUCCUUCUCAAGGGCAAACGAGUCCUCGACGAGCGCCACCGCUGCACGCGAGAGCCCUGUCGCUCGGUUCGGCCGCGAUGGGACAGGCCACCAGGUCCGGUCCUUCGGAUCCGUUUGACGCGGAAUGGGCUGAGAUCGCGGCGAGAAACCUGCGACAAUCGAGCACGACGAACCCCUUCAUAAUGCCAAACGCGACUCAAGCGUUCCAGGUGCAAUUGUAGCGCCAGGAGUUCAUCAAUAGCGUGGUCAAAUACUUCCGCUCUAACACAUAGUGACGACUCCACGUCCGUUCGCGCUUCGACCUCUCGCACGACCGGAAGUAUUACACGUGAAACGCGUCAAACGUCGAUGAAACCGCGAAGUUUUCUCGAACGGAUUUUCCGGUCGGGCGACACGGUCCGAGCAUCGUGCGAUGUAACGAGAAAGCUCGAGGAAUCUAGGAGGAGCGGGGGACAGAAAAUAUACGUAUCGAUCUCGAAAAGAUGUGUUUAGUAGCAAUGACGAUAAACAGCAAAUCAGCACAAAACACGUACCCGUAAAAAAAAAAACGAUGUUUUUUAGACAUUAGUAGAUUACGCACACAUAGCCUCGAUAACCUCGAAUUUGGAUACGAAAGAGAAGAGACAGGGAAAGGGGGUAAAUUAAAAUUGCGUCUUUUGGGACCACGCGUUCAAUCGCGUUGGUGAAGUGAACGUGGAUUUAUUUAAAUAAAAGAUUCGGGUCGAUCGAUCGACCUGGAUCGCACGAUACUGUUUUUAGAUGUCAUCGCACCUUAUUCGUGAAGGAAGCUAGAUUAUGUCGCUGGUAUCGAUAACUUAAAUGUCUAUCACGAAAGUACUUAAUAAAACGAGGUGUACAAUAAUCUUGAGUAGUUUAGACUGAAUACGGUUACCGUCGUUAUGCAUGAUGAAGCGAAAUUUCCACGCACCCAAGAUUAUGCUGCACCAAUCUGAUGUUUCGUCGAAAAUAACAGUAAAAGAGAAAAAAGAAAAAAAUAAAAAAACAUAUAUAACGUAAAAGUUACGAGAAAUAUAACGUGAAAACACGAUGCUAGUAGCUUACAGUUAGUCCGACCGCGGGUCCACGCGACGAACGUGACUCGACAGAAAAGUCAUUUUUCUUUUCGAACGGUCGAUGGCCGCGAAUGAAAAAUUCUGUCGAACUUACCCAGCUCGAAAUAUCAGGAAUUGACACGUUUUCUUAAUUACGAGCAAGGAAAGUUUUAGAUAGGAGAAUAAGUAGAGAUAAAGACAGAGAAGAGAUGUAUCGACGUAUACCGCUCCUGGUGAUCGAUUUAGGGCCAGUCAGGAUUUUCGGUAGAUUUCAUUUCUCGAAUAACAUCGAUAGACACGAGCGUGCGUAUUUAUUAAUUACUAAGAUGUCGUACUCGAUUUGGCCGGGCUUUGAAUAUUUUUGAAGUCUGUGACGGAUUUGGCCUCGAGACACGAUGCAGCAAGGAAUGAAUCGAUAUAUACAUACAUCGUCUACGUAUUUGGUAAUAAUUCAGGCAGCCAAGGACAAUUUUCGAUUCGCGAUAUGGCGUUGCGGUCAAGUAAAAAUAAAGUUUCUGUACGUGGCCCUACGUAAUCCGAUAACCAGGCGUUGUAAAACGACUGACGCGACUGAGUAGCAAAAUGACGGACUGUGAUAUACACGGAGGUGUGGCCAGUACUUAAAGACGAGGAUGGGGUCGAGCGGUUGUCGUAAAUUUUGCUCGAUGAAUUGCGAAUUUCCCGCCUGGAACGUAAGCGAGCGUUUACGAGCUUGGGUAGCGCAGAGUCUAUCGUUCUCUAGCCGGCAGAAUUAACUAGACGAGUCCUAAACACACGCAUAUACAACUUAGUGUACUUAAGAGAAAAGAUUAGAUGUUAAAAAAUUUCUAGAGUCAGUACUUACGUUCCACGCUAUCGUUGUCUAAUAUCGUACGUACGAGCGGGUCGAAGCAUUCCAAUGAUCGUGUUAAAAUUAAAAGCUUAAUACAGACAAGCGUUGCAACAUCGUUGUGAUUUUGUGUAACUGUGACGCAAGAAAGGAUCGUAAGUUUCACGGAUAUUCAAAAGAAUGAUUAAAAGGAAAUUUAGUCAAUGAUAUUCUACGAAAUCGCGUACUGUCGCUGCUACAGAAUCACGACGACGAUGCAUAGUUUGUCCGCGUAAGUCACUACAGACAUUGUUGCAAAUAUCCCGGGGUAAGUGAAAGUUCUGCCAGAUACAAAGUUGCAACAUCUUCUAGCAUGUGUUAUACGAUAACGAUAAACGUAAAACGUUUGCAUAGAAUGUCUGUAAGUGACGCCGUUAGAUGACGAUUCACGCAACUAGAACACGAAAGGUGCUUCCGUUUGAAACAAAAUGAAAAGAAACAGCACAGAGAAAAAUUAGAGUGACAUAAAAGAACAAGAGCUAAAAUAUUCACGAAAGUCGUUUCACGAGCCAACACGAGAGCAACGAUAUACGGAUAUACGGAGUCGCGUUCCAACGUGAAUUUAUAAUAAGUAUAUAAUACUACGGAUUGUUAUAUAGUUAUGUCGGUUGUUGAACAAUUACGGAGACACGUGAACGCUCUCCACAUCCUAUAUAAAGAUAAACACGGGGUUACUAUCGCGUCUUGAAGCUUGUCUCCAUUGCAGUUUACGUUCCAACUUUUCGUUCCUCCAAGUGUAUUGAUCCACGAUGAUUCAAUCCCUUGCCAUGUACGCAAUAAGGACUAUAACUGUGUUCGUUGCUUCUAACGAAAGUUCUAGGGAUACUAAUUCCUGAGAAUUAGUCUGACAAAAGCUUAAGUAGUAACGUUCGGAGGGAGGAUAAGGUAAGAGAAUGGCAGAUAACGAGAUUCGUAAAAUACAUUCGAGUUGCAAUUUACGAGGCUUGCUGCUUAUAGAGCGAGAUCUUUUACUCGUGUAAAACAUGCGACGAUAGUUACUUACUAUUCGAUGGAAAUACGUACGUCGAAAUAUAAUCGUGAGAAUCUUAAAUAUCUGUGUAUAAGACAAAUACGACGAAUUGUUCUUGAAAUUUUCCUCGGUCGUAAAGAUUCGACGGCACGAUAUUACAAAAACCAUACACCAAACGUAACAUCAUGGCGAGGGAUUUGCAUCGAACAGGGGUAAAACGAGGUGGGCCAAUAACUAGAAUGAUCUCUCGUGGUUGACGAGAAAGAGGGUACGUGUUCGAUCGUCGUUUCGACGAAUCGUGUGUGUGCAUUGUACAUAAAUAGUAGUUAUUUAAAAGAGAAGAGAGUGAUAAUAAGAGAAACGGAGAGGGCGAGGGAGAGGAAGUAAAAUUGAACAGGCGAAGAGAGAAAAAGGAGAAACUGAGUGAGUGAAAGUAUGUGUGUAGUAAGAAUACGAGAAGUAAAUGUUCACCGAGCCGGCGAUGAUCCUAACGCAAAUAGAAACAACGUUCUUCGUUGCCGAAGUUUCGUUCAGUUACGAUUGUAAGUUAUCCUUGUAAAUAGUUCGGUAGCGUUUCUCAGCACAAAUCGCGUUGCUUCUACAGUUUAGGAAUACUUUGUAUUUAAUGACGUCAAAAUAUGGUCUGUUCGGAAUGAAUUAUACGCUAAAAACUAUUUUUUCUUUUUUUUUUUCUUUCUCUUUUUUUCCGCUUAUCAUUCAACGUCGUAAGCUAUCGACAUUGUUAUCGUUCUAACGGGUGUUUAAUUUCGCCACGGUCUUCGAAUUUAAAGAUUAGCGCCGAUUGAAAUAUAAAAUAAAGACCCAAGCGGGGACGCAAAGACGUUAGAUUUGAAAUUUUCAGUUUCAUCAGUGGCUAAACGAAACGAUGGCUGUUAUUUUCGUUCGCUCGAGAGAUCGACCGAUUCUGAACAGACUGUACCGCGACACGAUGAAACGGAACACGUAAUCGACGCUCGUCAUAUGGGGAAAUCCAGCCCGAUAUCGUUCUCGAUCGUUUGACGAGGUCUCAGUUUGAUCUUUUGAGCCACCUUCUGUCCGUCCGGUAAAUCAAAAGCAACAAAAGUAAAAAACGAACGAGUAUCGACGCAAAGGAGGAAGAUAAAGAAUAGAACGGAAGGAUAUGAAAUAAAAUAGAAAGAAGAAAGGAGAGGAACGAUUAUCGAGUCGGCAUAAGCGCGAUCCGAUCGCCAGGUACUUAUCGCGAAACUCGUAUAGAAGACACGCGUGGAAGAGAAAAGGAACGCUGAUUGAUCCAUGUACUUAAAUAUUAUACAAAUACAACUUGUUCUUCUUUUGUUUUCAUAUUUCUUUUCGUCGUUUUUCAUUUGGAGAUGAACUUGGUAAACCGUCGUUCGAAUUAGUCGAGUUACCCGAAUCCGAAUAAUUCGACUAAUCCGAACGAAGGCUCGAUCGAUGAACCGAUGUCAAGGACAUCGCGAAUGUUUGUUUCCGUCGACGUAGCUGCGGAUUUUUGAAGUUACUUCGAAGAACGAGCUACGGGGAAUCGCUUAUACAAUAUCGAUUCGUAAUAUAAUAUCGUCGCCUUAAGUACUUAUUAUUUUCUCUUCUCCUCUGUUUUUUUAUGUUUUCUUUUGCCCUCUAUAUCGACGUACGCUGAUCAUUCGGACUCGUUCGGAUUUUCGAUCUUUCUUUUACUUUGAAACGAGUAAAAACGAAAUAAAUUAAUUCAUUAUAACGUGGAAAGCAAGGACUGAAGCGUCGUCAGGUUCCUGCGUGUCGUUCUCUCCGAUCGAGACUAGCGAAUUUGUGAUUGGUUAAAUCGUCGAAUGCGAGGGCAGCGAAACACUGGGAUAAGGAAAAAAGAAAUAAAAAAGGAAAUAAUAUACGAACAGGUGCACUGCGUGCCAAAUUUGAGGAAAGUGGAAUCGCGAUGUCUGUAAAUUCUUUCGACAGGGCAUCGUACACGCUUCCGUGGUUGUGUUGUACAUAGUGUCGCCGAUCGAUUCCUGGAUCAAUGUACGACUGCGUGUAUAUUUCGUGAAAGUAUCCUUGUUCGUUUUACAAUGUAUCUGCCUCUGUAAAGAUAUGAUUUAUUAUAAUAUCUGUUGUGAUUACCAAA